AUGAAAAAUAUAAAUAAUAAAAUUUUAAAGAUUUUUAUUCUUUUUUUAGCAAUAUGCAGUGUUAAAUCAGAUACAUGUCCAACAGAUUCAAAUUGGAGACCAACACCAGCAAGUUCCAAUUCACCAGUAUCUCCAGCUUUGCCAACCACUUCUUUAGCCUCUGAUAUUGUAUAUGGCGGUAAUGAUUUAUAUUACAUGGCCUAUUGGAGCAUGACCGACCCAAAUAACCUUCAACCAGUUAGUGAUGUUGAAAGUGAAUUCUCUAUUGCACUUCCAGCAUGGGCACCAGAUUACUUUUUAAUUGUUGCAAAACAAUCAGCUCCAGCCCUUAAAGCCAAUACUAAUUAUCAAUUUUCAUUUGAUUUCAAAUUAGGCCAAGUUUUGACUCAAGGUAUUACCUAUUCAAAUAUGACUCUUUCAUUCUACAAACCAGGUGAUAUUGAUUAUCUUUUAUGGAGUUAUAGAGCACCAAUGUAUUCUUUUACUUUUACCGGUGAUUUUUCAUCAACUACAUAUAAAAGUAAAACCAUUACUUUCAGUGUUCCAGUUGAUCUUGGUCUUUCAACUUUAAUUCUUCAAGUCAAUCGUUCAAGAGCAAUGGAUUAUGAUGAUACCACUAUUUUCUAUAAAAAUAUGAAGAUCACUGUUCCAUCUAAACCAGUAGUAGCACCACCAAAUUUAAUAACCAAAGAUUCUGAAUUAAUUAAUAUUCCAAAAGCAUCCGUUUCAUUAGAUCCACAAGAUUUAUCAACUUGUCCAUACCUUGCUUCUGAUUUAGUCCAUUGGCAUAAUCCAUCGACAUGGUCAAAUAAUCUCGUUCCACAACCAAAUGAAAAUAUUACAAUUCCAGCCGGAAAAAGAGUUUUAAUUAGUCCAUGUUCAAUUUCACAAACCGCAAUUUACCAAAGAAUUGUUAUUCCAGCUACAAGUGAAUUAAUUUUUGCUGAUUCAAAUUUAACAAUGAAUGUUAAAGAUAUCUUAGUACAAGGUAAAUUCAUUAUGGGAACUACAAAAUGUCGUUAUAAUGCUAAUAUAAAUAUUAUUUUCCAUGGUUCAAAAACAAAGGUUGAUACUAUUGCACCAUUUUAUGGCUCUAAAGGUAUUGCUGUAUCUGCUGGUGGUUUUAUUUCAGUUCAUGGUAAACAAUACCAUAAUUCAUGGACAAAAUUAGCAUCAACUGUUUGGUCAGGUGAUAGAAUUAUUUAUGUUCAAGAUAAUAUUAAUUGGGAAGUUGGCCAACAAGUUUUAAUAACAACAAGUCAAUUUAAAGAUGAAAUAGAUAAUCAAAAUGAAGUAUUAACAAUUAAAUCAAUAUUAGGAAAAGCUAUUGAAUUUACUACCCCAAUUAAAUUUUAUCAUUAUGGUGGCAAAGAAUAUCAAGCUGAAGUUGCUUUAUUAUCAAGAAGAAUUAUUUUCCAAGGUAAUGAUGAAUCUGAUCAAGAUUCAUUUGGUGGUCAUGUUUUAGUAUCUGGUGAAGGACAAUUUGCAGGUAUUCAAUUGAAAAAGAUGGGUCAAAGAAAUGUUAAAGCAAGAUAUCCACUUCACUUCCAUUUAGCAAAUGUUGUCCAAAAAUCUUAUAUCUCUGAUUGUGUUGUAACUAAAAGCUAUUAUCGUUGUUAUACUAUUCACGGUACAAAUAAUUUAACGUUAACUAGAAAUGUUGCUUUUGAUGUUAAUGGACAUUGUUAUUAUUUAGAGGAUGGUGUUGAAAUGGAUAAUACUUUAUCUUACAAUUUAGCUGCAUUUGUUCACACAAUUGGUGAACCAGCAGCAGGUGGUGCACAAACUGGUGAAACUUAUUAUGAAAAUGAAAAUCUUACUCAACCAGCAGAUUCAGCAGCUGGUGGAUUCUAUAUCACCAAUGCAUAUAAUACAAUUAUUGGUAACUCUGCAUCUGGUGGUUGGGCAGGUUUUAGUUUCCCAAAUCUUGAAAAACCAAUUGGAAAUCAUAAAAAUGUUGAAAUGGAACCACAAGCAUUUACAACUAAAGUAUUUGAAGGUAAUACAGCACAUUCAAGUGGCUAUCAAUGGAUUUCUGGUUCAUCAAUUUACGUUGGUGGAAAAUUAAUAACUGAUGAAGUAACUGGAUUAUUAGUUUAUAAUACAGGUAGACAUUCAAGACCAACAUGUAAAGAUGGUAUUUUUUCAUAUGAUUCAAGUACAUACCUAUGGAUGAGAUUUAAUAAUACUAAAGUAUAUUUAAGUAAUCUUGGUUUAGGACAUUGGGGUGAUCGUGUUGAAGUUGUUGGAUUAGAAGCAUAUGAUUCAAUGAGACCAGCAUCAUUAUUUGGUGCAGCAUGGUUAUCAAAUGCAAUUGUUGAUGGUUAAACCGGCAAUAUUCUUAGUAAAUCACAAUCAUACAAUAGACAAGGAUUCCAAUUUUAUGAUACCUACGUUACAACUAUCCUCUCUCAUAUUACAUUUAGAAAUUUCAUUCAAAAUCCAACUUCUGUUUAUCCAGAUGAUGAUAAUGUUGUAAUUAUCGCCUUGACAUUCAGUGAUCUUUAUAAACCACAAUUCAUUUCAUCAACGAUUAAUAUCACCCUUGAAAAUAUUUUACCAGCACAAAUCAUUGGUCAUAAGAUCGUUCCAGAUUCAGGAUCAUCUAGAUUCUUUAAUUUCAUCGAUUGGGAUGGUUCAUUAGUUGGUACACAUGUUCCAACUAUCGUUGGUUCACAUGAAAAAUGGUGGUCCUACGACGAUAGUAAAUGCACAUACAACAAUGACUGGACCAUUUGGGUAUGUCAAAAAGGUAGCAAAUCCGUUGGUAAUAUCGAAUUUUGGGUACCAAAUUUAAUUAUUCGUGGUGAACAAAACGAAGGUGAUUCAUUCGUUGGUAGUGUUAGUUUAUUCGGUGAUGGUAUCACUGAUGUUAGAAAGACAGCAAUCACCCGUAAUGCCGGUAUCACUGGUAUCACUAGCACAGGCUGGAUGUUAUGGUUAGAUGGUGGUUCACCAACCUAUUUACAAGUUUGGGCUGCCCAAGUCGCCUAUCAACAAUAUAUCUUUUUGGCAAUUCCAUAUCCACCAGGUACAACAUUCACCAUUUCAACUGAAAAUAAAUGGGCUUGGCAAAAUGCUUAUGGUUUCAAUUGUACUCUUGCUUCAUCUGCUGCUGAAGUUAGAAGUAGUAAUGGAACCAAAUACUAUUUCGAUCAAACUCAUUUAUUCGUUAAAAUUGUUAACCCAGUUUUAACAGGUUCUCCAGCUGAAUCUUUCAAUAGAGGUGGUGCUAAAAUUGAUGACGUUUAUUGGGAAUACAUUUACCAUAUCAAUGCUACAAAUCCAAAUGUUUCUCCAAAUCAAGAUGGUUUCUAUACAAAUUUAUCUUAUACUUUACCUUCUUCAACUUUAUAA